AUGGCGACGCUCGAAGGGUUAUUAAAGUCGAUCGAAAACAAAAUACGAAUGCUGGAGUUCACAAGCGAAGAUAUUCCGAGCGUACUAGACAAGAAACACGUUCUUACGAUGGAAAGAAAACUAAAAACUUUAAACAACAAACUACAGGAAGUCCAUGACCUUGAAGUUCAAGCACAAGAAGCGAAAAUAGAAAAGGACGAAAACCCAAACGAGAUACGAAAAUGGAGCGCAGAGAUUGAAGGCGAGGUAGCGAAAUUCGAGCAAAGCGUGCAAGAAUUACAAGAAGCAAUUAAACGAGCAAACCAGACCGAGCAAACGAAAAUGCAAGAGCAAGAAUUCGCGACGAAGCUACGAGAACAACAAUUCGAACAGCAAAUGAAAUUCGAACAGGCUAAAUUACAACAAAAACUACAAUUCGAGAAAUCACAAUUAGAGUCUUCAAAAAAGCAAGACCACGACUAG